AUGUCGACGCCAAGCAUCACCCUCACGCACGCGUUCACGCUCAAGCUGCCUGUCGCUGCAGCGCUUUCGAUCCCUGGCACGCCCGUCGGUGACCGAUCUUACAUCCCCGUCGUCGAGGGCGGUACACUCGAAGGUGAAGGCAUCUCCGCCAAGGUGACCCCAGGCGGAGACUGGGCCAUCGUCAAAGAUGGCUACGGAAAGCUUGAUGUUCGAGUCCAUGCCAUUACGCCGGACAACGAGGUGCUUUACAUCCAGUACUCGGGCCAUUUGGAGGUAACUCCGGCAGUUGGGAAGAUCCUUGGCGCAGAUGCAUCGGCCAAAUCCACCAACUUCGAUGAUCAAUAUCUGCUUACGACUCCGGUGAUCGAAGCUCCGGCCAACUCGAAACACGCCUGGGUGAACAGGACCGUCUUCGUAGGCAAAGGCCGGUUCGAAUUGGACGGUAACACCGUGACCGUCAUCUAUGAGCUAUUUAAGGCAAAGUGA